GACCUGGAGAAGGGUCCUGGACGCCGGGUCAGAGGCAGGGGACAGGUCCAGAACACUGGGGUCUGGUCCUGAACAAGGAAGCCCCACCCGCGCCUGGGUGCCCCGGCCUGCUUCAGUUUUCCUUCGGAAGUAACCCGGGCCAGGCCCCUUCCCUCGGCCCCCGGAGUGCGUGAAGUCUGGCCCAUCCUGGCCCCAAUGCACUUCUUUGUGGCUUCCUCUCCCCAGCCGCCCGCCUGCCGCCAUGCUGCCCCUGCUGCCCCUGCGCCUGUGCCGGCCGUGGCCCCGCAGCCCUCCCACCCGGCUCCUCGCAACGGCCGCCCGGCAGCGGUCUGGCCCCAGUAACUACUAUGAACUGUUGGGGGUGCAUCCUAGUGCCAGCACUGAAGAAGUUAAACGAGCUUUCUUCUCCAAGUCCAAAGAGCUGCACCCUGACCGAGAUCCCGGGAACCCAGCCCUGCAUAGCCGCUUUGUGGAGCUGAGUGAAGCAUACCAGGUGCUCAGCCGUGAGCAGAGCCGCCGCAGCUACGACCACCAGCUCUGGUCAGCCACUCCCCCCAGGUCUCCAGGAACCACACCCUAUCCCGGGUCUGCUUAUCAAGCACACAGCUCCUGGGCGACCCCCAAUGCACAGUACUGGGCCCAGUUUCAUGGCGUGAGGCCUCAGGGACCAGAGUCGAGGCAGCAGCAGCGCAGACACAACAAGCGGGUGCUGGGGUACUGCCUCCUGAUCAUGCUGGCAGGCAUGGGCCUGCACUACGCCGCCUUCAGGAAGCUGGAGCAGGUGCACCGUAGCUUCAUGGAUGAAAAGGAUCGGAUCAUCACAGCCAUCUACAAUGACACGCGGGCCCGGGCCAGGGCCAACAGAGCCAGGCUCCAGCAGGGGCACCGGCAGAGGCAGCCGCUGCAGCCAUCACCUGGGCCGCCCCCAGGCCCCCGGAUCGUGCCCCCGGGCACCAGCCCCUGAGCCGCGCACCUGGACGGGGCCUGCUGUGUGUUCCGUCCUCGCUUCCCUACCGGGACUCUUCACUCCCCAAAGCGCGUGCAAUAAAGUGCUUCUCAGA